CCAACCACCAACCAUGGUCGUCGAGACUCAGAAAACGCUUAGCACAGGGACUUUGAAUCUGCGUUUCAUGCAAAAUACUCGGAGAGCACAACAGUUAUCCGGUGUCGAUGUCGAGCUCGAGAAAGCGCACGUUAAAGAUGAGGCCGAAUGGGAAGUGGCGCCUGAAAUUCGUAAAGCCUGGGGAUUGGUAGAUGGAGCUCGGUCCAACUCAGAUUCAAAUGACGAUCUGUAUGAGAGAUCGUACAUGCCUUUCCUAUUUCCUUCUGUUUCUGAAACGGCUGGUGUUGGGGAAGGAAAUGGAAUUGCAUCGUCAUCGACGUCUCUUAGUGGCGUCCAACCCCACGGCCGUCGCAAAUUUAAUAAAAACGGGGAAGAGUCAUCCAAACCUCCAGAAGUGCGGUCCGCAGUUGCAGCAGUAGCAGACGUCCAACCUGAUGAAACGCGGAAAAUCAAGAUCAAAUCGAUAUCCAGCUCAACUAACAGUAUUUUAUCCGCCAAGCCAUCAAAGAAGCUCAAGGACCCGGCGAGUCGGGUGAUAUACGACAACAGCAACGUUGGCGUUGACCUUCGCUCAGGCUCCUUAUCUUCAAACCGCACGUCAGCACCGAAGUCAGCCAAUACCAGUGGCAGUAACGCGUUCAUGAAGCCCGCUGGCGUAGAUGAUCCUUCUCCUUCGAGCAGGGAUGCACCCUCAUCUCCAGCUUCUACCUCUUUCGCACGAAAGGGGAAGAGAAGACAGGAGCAGGAUAACGCAGAAGUCGAAACCACGGGACUGAAGAAGAAGAAAACAUUGUCAUUCGUCGAGUGAUCGGACCGUUGGAAUCCGCAUGAGCUCCCAGUCCAUGUGGCUAUACACGGAGCAUAUGCACAGGUCAUCACUAUCGUAUGUUCGCUCAGAAUAUCGAUAUCAAUCAGCACCAUAUUUGCUCGAUGUUCCACGCUUUCAAUCCUAGAGUUCGGAAUGUGGUUAUUGUCAUGCCUACUUAUAAAAAAUUCUUAUCGCAUGCGAAUUGCAUUGCUGGAG